AUGGAGGCGGCGGGCGGCCGGGCGCUGCUGGCGGCCGUGGGGCUGCUGUCGGCGCUCAGCGCCGCGGGCACGCUGUUCCUGCUGGCGCAGUGGCGGGAGCUCGGCGCGGCGCUGCGGGAGCUGGAGGCGGCGGGGAGCGGCUCCGGGCGGGGGCUGCUGCCCACGCCCGCCGCUCGCUCCCGCCGCAGCCGCCGCGGGGAGCGCGCCCGCGGCCACCAGCGCGCCGCCAGCGAGGAGAUGCUGAUGAUGCUCAUCCGCUCCAUGGUGCCGGUCCAAGUGAUGGUGGAUUUGUGUAACAGCACAGAAGGGAUAUGCAUAACAGGCCCCCCAGGACCACCAGGGCCUCCUGGGCUUGAUGGACUGCCUGGCUACAAUGGAUCAGAUGGAAUCCCAGGAACUCCGGGACAAAAGGGAGAACCGGGAAUAAAUGGAAAAAGAGGAAAAAUAGGUUUGCCAGGACCAAAAGGUGAUCAAGGACAGAAAGGAGAACCAGGAGAAAUGGGUUUACCUGGCAAGGAUGGUAUGCCUGGAGGAAAAGGUGCAAGAGGAGCCAAGGGAGAAAAGGGGGAUCCAAACAAUUAUGUGGUAUUAGAAGGUGCAAAAGGUGAGCCUGGAGCACCUGGGCCCCCUGGACCACCUGGACCCCCAGGGCCUCCAGGUAAACGUAAAGGUAAAGCCAAAGCGGAGCUCCUGGAGAACAUCUACAGCAGCACGUGCACUGGUGAGACAUGUGCUGUACCAAAUGAUGAUACCCUUGUUGGAAAGGCUGAAGACAGAACCUCAGAUCCUUCAAAACAAGCUGAAAGAGUCAUAACAUCUGUAGGAAGCCCUGUUCACUUUGUCAGUGUACAGCAAACGUUUGGAAGUUGGAUGAGAGAACCUGCAAACAUAAGUGAUGAAAGGAUUUGGCUCACCAUGCAUUUUUCAGGAAACUAUAUAAAAGAAUAUGAAAAUUCCAAUGCCUUGCUGAAUGACAGCUACAGGAUCAUUAACAUCACAGGAUUCUUCUAUGGAUGUGGUCAUGCAGUACAAAACAAUUAUCUCUACUAUCAGAAGGGAGGAACCAAUGUCAUUCUGAAGUUUGGGCUGGAUAAAGCCUCAGUGGGCGCCCUGAUCAUAGAAAAUGCCUUAUACCACGGCCGGAACUACCUCUUCUCUAACUCCAAGACGUAUUUCAACAUGGCAGUGGAUGAGAAGGGGCUCUGGAUUAUAUAUGCCUCAAGCACUGACCAAAAUAUAAUGGUAGCACACAUCGAUGAAGAAACCUUCUCAGUCAUUCGGCACAUCAAUACCACCUAUCCUAAGUCCAAGGCUGGUAAUGCAUUCAUAGCAUGUGGCAUUCUGUAUGUUACUGACACUAAGGACAUGACAGUAAGUUUUGCUUUUGAUUUACUGAAAGGGAAGCAGAUUGAUGCAAGGUUUGAGUUACGGUCUUCACAGUCUGUUCUUGCUAUGCUUUCGUACAGUCUGAGAGACAAGAAUUUGUACACGUGGGAGAAUGGGAGCUUAAUGGUAUACCCAGUCCAUUCUGGCAGAUGCCACCUUUGAAUAAAGGAUCUAUUUAAAGUUCUGUGACAUACACAUGGGGGUCUCUUCACUUGGUAUAAUCUUCAGUUUGCUGAUGGUGGUUUGUGAACAUGUAUCAAAGGCAGAUCAGGUGCCUUUGUAUAAACACACCUCAAUUACAUAGGCCAUCCUCAUCUUUUUAAAAAGUGCUGUUCACUAUUACACAGCAUAGACAUGCUUUUGUUUUUCUCCUGUUAUUCAACUGAUAAUUGUGUCUUAUGUACAUCAAUUAUUCCACGGUCAUGUGCUCAGCAGAGACUAUUUGUAACUUUUAUUUACAAUCAUCUUCUCUGCAAGCAUUUUCUAGUCAGUGAUGAUGGUCUAAUAUAAACAUCUAAAUAAUGAACUUCUGUGUACAAAUACCUUUCU